AUGCCUCUUUAAAGAAAGGGACAGAUGGAGGACAGAGUUGAAAAAGUAUUAUAUAUUAUUAUUAACUCGUAUUUUCCAAGUCUUAGGCUUAGAGAGAGAACACAAAUACACAAAACUUUGAUAUGUUCUCUUCAGAAACAAAAAAACUAGAUCGGUUUUUUAAUCAUUUAUAACCGUGGGCAGAAUUUCCUUCAAUCUGUUGUGAUUUUUGUGGCAAAGUUUUUAAAAUUUAACCUGGCAAAAGAUUGAAGGUAAGAAUAAAAAACAAAACAAAAUGAAACAAACAAAAAACACUUCUAUUGUUAUUUCCUUUUCCUUUGUUCAUUGGGAGAGCCAGAGCUGGGAACUUGUAUUUCUGGGCAUCAGGAAAUAAGGCAGUGAACUUUGAAUUUUCCCAGACUUCAGAGUCACUUGCUAUUUAUCAGGUUAAAUACAAUUGCCUUAGAAGGAAAUAAUUUAUAUUACCUGGGCAUGGCAAGGUGAGUGGCUUAGAACAAGCCAGGUUAUCCUCAGCAAUCAUAGGAGUCAAAAAUUACAUGACAAAGAGCUUUACAACAAUGUUUUUUCAAGUUUUUAUCAUUUCUAUAAUGUGUUCCCUUGUGAAUCCCUAAUCCCUAAUAUCCUUGUAGCUCUUUUCGAAAGACAUACUAGUACUUUGAAUAACAGCAUCAAAAAUCAUUAUUGAAAUUUUUUUCAUUUUUUUUUUGUUCUAGGGGCCUCACAUUCAGAUCUAAAGAGAUACAUGGAGCUAUGGGGGUAAUGCACUGGCUGCUUAGGAAUAGGCAGGAAACUCAGGAUAUGUUGUCCACUCCAGAAGUCUGAGGUGGGACUGCAGGAAUAUGAGCUCCUCUCCACAUGCAGGGACCCCAGGUGCUUAUCCAGCCUGUUCCAGAUCACAGCCACCAAGAGGGAACUCUCUGGACCACCUGGCAGAAGUUCCCCUCACUCAGCUGAACCUGCCUCCACCUGGGGCCACAGAGCAAGUCUCCCUGGGCUUCUGGGCCUUCAGACAUUUGGAGACAGUUAUCACCUCUCCCUGCCCUCAGAUUUAUCCUGUCCACGCUAAAUGGAUGAUUUCUCACUUCUAAACGUUGGAGAUGUCUGCCCAGAGGUUAAUUUCUAACAGAACCUCCCAGCAAUCGGCAUCUAAUUCUGAUUACACCUGGGAAUAUGAAUAUUAUGAGAUUGGACCAGUUUCCUUUGAAGGACUGAAGGCUCAUAAAUAUUCCAUUGUGAUUGGAUUUUGGGUUGGUCUUGCAGUCUUCGUGAUUUUUAUGUUUUUUGUGCUGACCUUGCUGACCAAGACAGGAGCCCCACACCAAGACAAUGCAGAGUCCUCAGAGAAGAGAUUCAGAAUGAACAGCUUUGUGUCAGACUUUGGAAGACCUCUGGAGCCAGAUAAGGUAUUUUCUCGCCAAGGCAACGAGGAGUCCAGGUCUCUCUUUCACUGCUACAUCAAUGAGGUGGAACGCUUGGACAGAGCCAAAGCUUUUCACCAGACCACAGCCCUUGACAGUGAUGUCCAACUCCAGGAAGCCAUCAGAAGCAGUGAGAAGCCAGAGGAGGAGCUGAACAGGCUCAUGAAGUUUGACAUCCCCAACUUUGUGAACACAGACCAGAACUCCUUUGGGGAGGAUGAUCUUCUGAUUUCUGAACCACCUAUUGUUCUGGAAACUAAGCCACUUUCCCAGACCUCACAUAAAGACUUGGAUUGAGAAACAUGCUCUGUAAAGCGUCUUCCUGAAGAUGUGGAUUCUGUCUUUAUGUCGCAAGAAAUCUACAUCCACCAAAGUUGUGUGUGUUUGGGGGAGAGAGAGACACAGAGAUAGAGACAGAGAGACAGAGAAGAGACGCCUUUAGAAGAGAGCUGAGCUGAUUAAGCUGAGUGGUUUUUUGUUUUGUUUUGUUUUUCUUUUUAAUACAUUUGGAGCUUUGGGGGUAUGUAUUAAAGUAUUUACACCAAGCUUGUCCAACCAGUGGCAUGUGUCCCAGGACAGCUUUGAAUGUGGCCCAAUACAAAUUUUAAACUUUCUUAAAACAUGAGAUUUUUCUUUUUUUUAUCAUUUCUUUUUAAAGCUCAUCAGCUAUUGUUAGUGUUAGUGUAUUUUAUGUGUGGCCCAAGACAACUCUUCUUUCAGUGUGGCACAGGGAAGCCAAAAGAUUGGACAGCUCUGAUUUAUACUAGCCCGUCUUGAUUGUUGAAAAAUUUGGCCAAACACUUAUUGUCAGCAUUCUUGGGUGAGAAUUAGCCUACCAUGUUCUAAUCUGGCCCUGCCACUAGUAUGCUCUACCUUUAGCGAGUUGCUUUACCUCUCUGGGCUGCCCCAUUUUUAACUGUAGGUUGACAGGUCUGGAGUGAUCCAUCCCACCUCUAAUAUUUUGGGAAUUUAUGACUUUGCCUUCAGAUGAGGCUGAGCUAUACAUAAAACAGUAUAAACUAGGGUACUGCCUCGUAUCUCUUGUAGGCUCUCCCAAAUCUCUGUACCUUCCACUCAACCCUAAUUGAGCCAAGCUUUAGUCAGGGGAUCUGGGUGUCUACCAGAAUGCCAGGAGACUCAUCUUACACAGUCACGGUGGCCAGUGUUUCUGGUGGGUUGUGCUGAAAAAGCUCUUCUGAGAACUUCCAACCACCCAUGCUCUAAUCUGGGGACAGCCAUCCCCUGCCUCAGAAUAAGUACCAAUUCAUAGUAUAUGCAUGGUACUCUUGUCCCCAAGAAAUGUUAGGAAGCUUGUCAGCUGAGUGAGAGGAGGUGCCUUCUGGGUAUCUCUGUGUUGGUGUAUCUGUGCCAUUGGCUACAGAACAAGAAAAAUACUAUUUGCCAUGCUAUUACCUUGGCAGAUGUGUAGGUGAUAGUCAUCUGGCUUUCAGCUGAGAUGGUCAGUGGGUUGUAAAUUCCCCACUAGCAGAUAUUCAGGGUGGCCUGAGUUAUGUAAACAUGUGAGCAACACAGCUUUAAUUUCAUGAGGAAUCAAAGCUGCACGCUGGUAUUAAAACAACUUGAUUUUGUGCACACAGUUGCAUGCAUGGCAAGCUGUUAAUCUCUGGGUGGCAUUUUCGUUAUGAAUUUGUUCACCACCUGUGUCUUGCUUAAGCUACAAAAUAAAUGCAUUUGACUGCACAGAAA